AUGAAGCUGCGCGAGAAACAGAGUGGGGACAAGGUCACGUACCUGGCUGAACCGGAAGCGGGUAAGGUGGCACGAGAUGAGCUCCGCACCAAGUUCGAAAGGGUGCCGAUCAAGGAGUUGCAGCAGCAGGCGCUUCCUAUGGCAGCAGCAGUGAGCACGGUGGACGUCAACCUACUGCAUAGGAGGAUGGGACACGCUGGUCAUUAUCGAAUCAAGGAGUUGAUCAAGAAGAACAUGGCAGCGGGAGUGAAGACCGGAAAAGUCACGGCGACCAGAGAUGUUACCUUCUACGAGCAAGACACCUACUUGGAGUGGAAGGGACGGAAACAAGGAGCUGUUGCAAAGGAAGCGACAGGAGCACCAACUCCACUGGAGGAGAUGAUAGAUGGGAGUGAGGAGGGGAUAGGGGCAGCCAAUGGAAGCGGUGACAAUGACGACUAG